CUAGUAUCGUAUCAAGGACACUCUUGAAGUAGGUACAGUAGGUACAUGCGUCAUAUCUUGAAGUUUGAUCAAUUGGUGAUUUCUUCGGCUCCUAAGCCUACCUACCUGAUGAUUCCUCUCCUUGGUAUACACCCUGUCUACCUUGUAACCAACACUCCAGUCUUGCAACUCCACGGCGAAAUAUCCGCCCCUCGUUUGCAUCCCGCCGCUCCGUUGCCCCUUUCCACGGCGACCCCUCCUAGUGAAGCAGAUACGGAAGCUCCAGCUGCCCCCUCACGACGGCAUUCACCCCCCAUUGCCCCGCCUCAUGUCUUUGUUUUUCUGCAGGCCAUCCUAACUGUUCUUUCAACGGGCUGGACUUCGGCCUGGCUGAAAACAACAAUCGCAGCUCUGAGUCUCUGGCAGUCUCGUUGUCACCAAGCCCGCUUUUGAUCUCGGACGGAUAGCAAGAUGGAGAGGCUUACAACAAUACUCACCCAAAUCAAGUCGAAAUUUGUGCCAACAGACACCAAGGUUGUAUACG